UGGUCUCUCUCUCUUUCUCUCUCUCUCUCUCUCUCUCUCUGUAUCAUAACCCACUGGCUACGUUUCCUUCUGUAUUCUUCGAAUCAGACACAAUGAGUAGGCAAUUCAGUUCUAGGUCCGGGGGUGGGGUCAGGACCUCCCGUGGCCACUCUUCCUCCACUCUGGUCAUUCCCGGUGGGACACAAGGCAGCUUCAGCUCGGUUUCUUUAUCCCGAGGUGGGAGAAGCAGUGUAGGGCUAGGAGGUGGCUUUGGGAGCAGAAGCCUCUACAGCCUAAGGGGUACCAAGAGCAUUUCCAUUGGCCCUGGUAUGGGUGUAGGUGGAAGCUACUGGAGUAGUGGGCUUAGCAGCGGUGGUGGAGGAUUUGGAGCCGGGGGUUAUGGCACUGGGGGUUAUGCACUGGGAGUGGGGGGCUUUGGUGGUGGAGGAAGGAUAGGCCCUAUUGUUCCUCCUGGGGGUAUCCAGCAAGUGACCAUCAAUCCCAGCCUCCUGUCACCACUCCACCUAGAAAUUGACCCAGAGAUCCAGAAAGUACGUGUGCAGGAAAGGGAGCAGAUCAAGACCCUCAACAACAAGUUUGCAUCAUUCAUUGACAAGGUACGGUUUCUGGAGCAGCAGAAUAAGGUUCUGGAGACCAAAUGGAACCUACUGCUGGAACAUGGAAGCACAGCUCCUAAGAUCAGCCUUAAGCCACUGUUUGAGUCUUACAUCAAUAAUCUCAGGAGGCGAGCAGACUCCCUGAUGGGUGAUCAGGGGAGACUGAAUGGAGAACUCAGAAAUGUGCAGGAUCAAGUGGAAGACUAUAGAAAGAAAUAUGAAGAUGAAAUCAACAAGCACACCGCUGCUGAAAAUAAUUUCGUUGGCCUCAAGAAGAAUGUAGAUAGUUCCUUCUUGGGCAACGUAGAGCUGAAAGCAAAGGCCGAUAGCCUGCAAGAUGAGAUCAACUUCUUGAGACAUAUCUUUAAGGAGAACAUACAGAUACUCCGAGAACGCAACACCAGUGUUGUCCUACAAAUGGACAACAACCGAGAUCUAGACCUCAACAGCAUCAUUGCUGAAGUAAAAAAACAGUAUGAAGAAAUUGCUAACAGGAGCCGGGCUGAGGCAGAAUCCUGGUAUCAAAGCAAGUUUCAGGAACUUCAGACUACAGCCAUUGGUCAUGGUGAUGACCUGAAGAACACCAAGAAUGAGAUUGCAGAGCUGACUCGAGUCACCCACAGACUGGAAGCAGAAAUUGAUAAUGUGAAGAAACAGAUUGCCCAGCUCCAGACAGCUACUGCUGAUGCUGAACAACGAGGGGAGUUGGCUCUGAAAGAUGCCAGAGUGAAACUCGCUGAUCUGCAGCAUGCCCUUCAAAGUGCCAAGGAUGAGCUGGCACACCUACUGCGGGAUUAUCAUGAGCUGUUGAAUGUCAAAUUGACCCUAGAUAUCGAGAUUGCUACAUACAGGACUCUGCUAGAAGGAGAAGAAUGCAGGAUGUCUGGCGAAUUCACUACCCCUGUAAGCAUGUCGGUGAUCAGCAGCACCUCUACCAUUGGUGGAAGCAGUUACGGCCUUGGUGGCAGCGGCGGAGGUCGAGUGAGCAGCGGAGGAUUUGGCCUGGUUGGUGGCAGCGGUGGCGGCGGAGGCAGCCUUAGUCUUGGAAUAGGUGGUGGUGGUGGUGGAAGUUCUGCCAGUUAUGGUGUGAGCAGUGGGAUCACUGCAGGAGGGAGCAGUUACAGUUCUGGAAGUGCACGAGUCUUUGGUGGGGGACUGAGUGCCGGAGGGGGAGGUGGCUCCUCAAGUGUGAAAUAUGUCUCAACAACCUCGUCAUCAAGCAGGAAAGGAGUCAGAUAAAAUGGAAAACACA